AUGCACACUCCCCAGGGCGCCAAGCAAGCCAGCCAGCAAUUGGUGAUGUUGUUGAAGACCUUAUUUGGGACCGUUGCAUGGUCGAUCUUCGAGUGGUUCUUCGCCGGCCGCAGGGGGUGUGGCUUCCAGGCGUUCCCGGUGUUUGGCCUCACCGCUUUUCAACGAGGGUUCUACUUCGAUUUCUCCAUGACCAACGUCGGCGUCGGGAUGUUCUGCCCGUACAAGAUCACCAUCUCGAUGCUCGCGGGAUCGUUGGUCUCGUGGGGGCUCAUCUGGCCGUACAUCCAGACGAAGGAGGGGGACUGGUACCCGCAGGGCCUCGACCGCGACAACAUCAGCGGCAUCAAUGGCUACCGGGUGUUCAUCGGGGUAUCCAUGAUCCUCGCCGACAGCCUCCUACACAUGCUCUACAUCCUGGUUCGGACGCUCUACACCAUGUACAACCCGCAGCCGAGGCAGAGCAGCAACGGGCAGCCGUUCCGGUGCCUUAGCGUCGUCCUAGACCGGUCGGCGACCAGCUUCGACGACCACCGGAGGACGCAGGUGUUCCUCCGGGACCGGAUCCCCGCCGUGGCGCCCAUCAUCGGGUACGUGGUCCUGUCGGUCAUCUCCACCCUCGUCAUACCGCAGCUCUACACCCAGCUGAGGUACCACCACGUGGCCUUCGCCUACAUCAUCGCGCCGGUGUUCGCCUUCUGCAACGCCUACGGCAACGGCAUCACGGACAUGAACAUCGCGACCACCUACGGGAAGGUCUCGCUACUCAUCUUCAGCUCGUGGGUGGGGCUCAAGGACGGCGGCGUGGUGGUCGGGCUGGCCGCCUGCGCCAUCAUCGUGUCCAACGUGUCCACCGCGUCCGACCUGAUGCAGGACCACAAGACGGGCUACAUCACCCUCACAUCGCCGCACACCAUCACCAUCUGCCAGGUCGCCGGCACGGUGCUCGGCUGCGUGGUGAACCCUGUCAUCUUCUCGAUCUUCUACAGCGUGUACAACAGCGGCGCCCACGACGACAGCAACAGCAUCGGCCGAUACGCCAAGGUGUACCGGGGGAUCGCCAUGCUCGCCAUGACCGAGAAAAACGGGCUGCCCAAGCACACCAUGCUGCUCUGCAAGGUCUUCGUCAUGCUGGCGAUGUCCAUCAGCAUGCUCCGGGAGGUGUCGACGCACAAGAGGUGGCGCGUCCUGAGGUACAUCCCGAGCACCAUCGGCAUGGACGUGGCCUUCUUCGUGCCGCCCACGAUCCCCGUGGGCAUGGCGGUGGGCAGCACCAUGAUCUACCUGUGGGGGAGGUCCGACCGCGACGACAUGCGGCUCAUGUCGCCGGCGGCGGCGUGCGGGAUGAUCUGCGGGGACGGGUUCGUGUCGCUGCUGUCAUCGACGCUCACGCUGCUCAAGGCCGCCCCGCCGAUCUGCAUCAUGUUCGUGGCUCGAGGAGUGAACCAGAGCCUUGAUGCUUUCCUAGCAGCGAAAGGCAUGCCAACGUAG